CUCGGCAACAGCUGAUGCUGAAGCGCUGAUUUGAUGUGAGUUUUGAUUUUGGAACACUUUUAUGUAAUGGUGAAAGUGGAGGUGGAAUACUGCGGCGUCUGCAACUUUAGCGGGCAGUGCCACCUGCUGCGCGAGUUCCUGCUGGCCUCGUCGCCCGACUUGGACAUAUCCUGUCACAAGGGACGGCGGGGAUCCUUCGAGGUGGCCAUCGACGGUCAGCUGGUGCACUCGAAGCUUUCCUGCCUGGCAUUUCCCCAGCACGCGAGUGUCCUGGCCCAAGUGCAGAAGGCGGAGCGUGGGGAGCCCGUGGAGAAAGUCCUGGAGCAGCCCAUCAAGGACUGCGUCGUGAUGUGAUCAUCUCGUGAUUUCAGCGGAAUCAGCCUACUUUCAUGCCUAGUCUGUUAAAACAUGAUAGAUUCACGCUUACACCAACAUUUGUGGCACCCAUUAAAAAUCCUGUGAUAUAUGGACCUUCGUUA